GAGUCUUCCAUUUUCCAAUGGAAGUCGUUUCUUAGGCGCAGAAGAAGAAGACACGAAAAAGAAGCCAAAAAUUUCUCCCCAUAUUUUUUCGGCUAGGGUUUUGCCGAGCUUGGUUCCGUGUGUAAACGCAGCUCCUCCCGGUGAUUCUCUUGGGGUUUUGAUUCUGUGGUGUUGGAUUCGCUGAGCUCAGCUGGUGAGAACUGUUUGUGUUUUGGUCUAAUAGCCUAAACGGCUUUGCAAUGCUUUCUUAUCAGUCGAAUUCAUCAUAUCUAAGACACGUGUCUGGUAUGAAAUUCGAGGAAAUCGGUAAUCUCUCAUCACCAGGUUUGCGUUUGAGACUCAUGUUUGGAGAUGAUGAGGGUGAUAUGUUGCAGAAGAAGAAACGGCGUCGGUCCUUGAAUUGGCUGAGAAUCAAUGUGAUAUCGGAACGAUAAGAAUUCAUAGUUGGAUUAGAUUCGAUGAAACUUAAACUAGGCGUUUUGCUCUAUUCAUGUGUUCCCAUUCGAACACAGAAUUUGAUGGAGUCCGUGCGUAUAAGGCUUCUUCUGUUUGGCAAUGGCUUGUACGCUUCAUUUACAACAUAUAAACAGUGAAUUCAUAACUACUGUCUGGUCGGAGUUCGUGACAUGACAUUUGUUCUGCUUGUUCAAUGGAUGCAUUUAUAUCUGGGUUAGCAUAGAUGCAGUGUCAACGAUUUUGGAAUUUGUGAUAAGAAAGACGAAAUGGGAGGUUGCUGUUGUUGUUCUUCGCGAAGUGCUGAAGUAGAUAACAGGCCUGCAUACUAUUAUUACCCAAGGGCAACAGAAGAGCGUGUUCCUUUAUCCUCUCAUAACAGGACUUCCUCAGGAAUCUCUUCUGGUGUUCUGGUAGACACAAACCUAGAGACAUCAUCUCCCGAUGCUUAUAUACCACCACCCCUACCUCUCCCUUUCGACGUGGCUUUAGGGCAUCCUCAGACUCCACGAAGGGCACAAGAGAUUUGUGCUGAUAAAAGAGACGGGUCAGAGGAAAUCACAAAUUCUGACUCUGCUCAGGGAACUGUUGAGGGUUUCACCCUCGGGGUUCCAAAUAGUUCUCCAGAUAAAGAAACAGAUUGCAAAUUGCAAACAGACAUCGAUCUUGGAUCGGUAGAUGAGAUAGACCCCAAGAUCUCAAAGCAACUGGAGGAUGUCUUCUCACCAACUGAGGAGGAAGACUGCUGUCCCAUCUGUUUGGAAGAGUAUGAUAUCGAGAACCCAAAACUUCAUACGAAUUGUGAGCACCAUUUUCACCUGGCAUGCAUUCUCGAAUGGAUGGAGAGAAGUGAAACAUGUCCCGUCUGUGACAAGGAAAUGGUAUUCGAUUCUCCCAUGGAUUAGCUAGCAAUUUGAAAUUGGUGUCUUUGUGUUUACCAUCUCUCUACCACUGGUACGUCCCUUGGUGUUCUUUGGACCCUCAAUUCUCUCAGAAUGCAAAAAACGAAAAAAGAAAAAGGAGGAGAAGAAGAAGAAAAAUAAAACUAUAGUAAGACAAGCUAAUAUAUAUAUAUGUAUAUAUAUAUAUAUGUAUGCACAUAAUAUGAAUAUAUAUUGUUUGAUGUCUUCUCGGAUGUUCUUCUUUCACCAUUUGCAUUGCAUUUCAGUAUCUAUCUAUCUAUAUAUAUAUAUAUAUAUGUACAGGCACAUAUGUUCACACUUGUUGAAGCCUACAGGAGAAGAAAAAGAGGGUCUACGUUUUCUUUAUUAGAUACUUUUGUGUGUUUUCUUGAUCUUUUUUUUUUUAAAUCUUGUCCUGAUUUCCCAAGUGGUUCAUGUUCAUUUUUUUUGUUAGUUGGAUGUAUAUACACACAUUUAUGUAUACAUUCUGAUUGUCACAUGCCUGGUUUUCUCAUCUUGGUUCAUUAUGUGAGAUGUGAAUGAAUAUGAAAGUGGUUAUAUG